AUGCCUCCUUCCCGAUCCAAGACUCGGCACAAAAAGGUUGGAAAAGAGAAAGGUUUGAAUUGUGAGAAAAAGGCAAGUUCCCCAGGAGAUUCAAAGAUCCACUGUGGGAGACAGUGGGAAGGUAAAAGUAAAGGCCAGCUGAAGGGCAAAGAGUCCUUGCCUGAACAAGAUAACACCCUUGAAGAGGACCCCUUAAAAAGCCAGAGGUUGGUGGGGCUUCAGGGAAGCAAAGAAAAUGACCACAAAAAGUUAUUCCGGGGGAAAAGAGCCUACAAGAGAAAGGAUAAAAGAGAAUCUGGUCCAGGGAGAAAACAUGGAGAACAAUUAGUGCCCAAGUUAGUGGGGAAAAAAGAAAAAGCCUGCAAGCAACAGGAAAUGACAUCAGGACGAGAAAGUGAGGACAGCAGCGAUAAGGAGGAAAGGGCCAUCACAGACAGGAAGAAACAUAGUUUUAAAAAGAAGUGUGGAAAGUGCCCUGCUGUUAGUGAAAAGGUCAUGGAGUUAGAGUCUGUAAAGUCAAUUGCAGUGCAAAGUGUUGAAGGCUCUCUUCAGAAAAAUGACUGGCGGCAGAAGGCACACAGGGCCAGGCACAGGGAAAAGCACAAUGAGAACCGUGGCUUUAAGGAUGCUUCUGAGCACAAGUCAGAUUCUCAAUCCCAAGGCAGUAUGAGACAUGGAAAAGGUGAGAGAACUGGGAAAAAACAAGUUGGAAAACGUACCAGGAUUAUUGUCACUGAAAGUGCAGAAGAAAAUAUCCUGGAAACCUCAGAAAACUCCUGCUCUGACUCCAGCAGCGAAGUCCAUUUGACCAAUAAAAAAGGUACAAAAGAGGCUGUAAUGGACAGCGCUGCAAGCAGUGAAGAGAAGAGUAGUUCUUCAGAGGAAGAUGGCAUCAGUGAGAAAGAAGCUGUGCUCAAAGAGCCUCCUGUGGCUGAAGGAAAAGGCUGCAAGGAACUGCUUGAUGAAAGCAAGGAAGAAUCUAACGAAACUGAAAGGGAGCAGGUGACUGCAGGUGGAAGGAAUGAAUCUGAGGAUGAAGGCACUGACUUUGUAGGAUUGGAGGCAGAGGAGAAAAUGAAGCAGCAAGAUGACAUGCCAAAACAACUAAAAUCUAUUCUAGCUGAGAGGAGUGAGGAAGAUGAUAAUGUAAGCAUUUCAGGACUCCAAUUUGAAAGUCCUAAGAACAGAGAAAAUGGCAAUAAUGAAGUAGGCAAAAAAAAUAUGUUAGAAAAUGAUGAAGUUCAAGAUAUGUCAAAAGAUGUACACGACAAUUUGGACAGCAAUGGAGAGAACAGCAGUGAAGAGAGCAUUGACAAAGGAAAAGAAAAUGCAACAAAACAACCACUGCCCAGUGCUGUGAAAGCAAAACUCCACGUUCGCCUUAGCAAAGUACUUCAAGGAACUGAACAGAAAGAGGACAUGUAUGGUGAAGGCAGCGCACUGAAAGAGAGCCCUUUGCUUUCCAAGAAAGAGAAAUCUGGGAGGUGUGAGACUGCAGAACAAGGUAAAGCCGUAGGACAUCUACAGAGGAACAGUUCUUCAGAUUAUAGCAAGAAGGAGUUUGCAGUGAUGAUGCUUACAAAGAAACGCUCUUCUCAGUCCCAAAUCCUUCUCAAUCUGAAAAGCAAACGUAAAAAUGCUGAGACCAAACCAUUAACAAGCUGUAAACCAAAUCCUGUCCACAUGGCUUUGGAAACCAACUCUGACCUGAAAAAUGUUGAAAGCAUCUGUUCAAAACCCACGAGUCUAGAAACCCUCAGUACACAGAAAGAACCCAACAUAGCUCAGAGUUCUGGAGAGAAAGGAUUAAAUCUUUCAAAUACUUCAAGUUGCUCCACUAUUACAAAAAAAUCAUCUGAUAAACAGCUCCUUGGCAAGAAGAAGAAAGUUGGGAAAGUUGUUGGAAAAGUUAAACUGAGUUCAGGCCAGACUUUAGAGGUAAAAAAAGCGAAAGCAGAAGAAGUGGUUGCAGAGGCUGAAGAAGAAAGUAUGCAUGAAGGGAAAGGAUCCAAGUACUUGCACACCCAUUCUGCUUUUAGAAAAGUCACCAGCUGGCUUGGCCAAAAACCUGCCAAGAAAGCAAGCCUGAAAGCUCGUCUUCUGAGUGUGGCACGUGCAAUUGGUAUUUCAAGAUGGCUCUGGAAGAAAUUUGGGAAGAGGAAGAGGAGCAGCAAACCUUCUGCAUUCAGAAGUAGAGUGGCAAUCCGGAUUGUAAGCACUGCUGGGUGGCUUGGUCGGUCUGGCAGAGCCUUCCCUGGUACAGCUGGACAGCUGGGGGAGGCUGAGUUGAGUGACAAAGAAUCUUCUCCUCCAUUAGUGGAGGGCAAAGAUGGUCCUAAAAUGGCAGAGGAAAGAGAAGUGGGACACAUUGAUUUGCCUUCUGAUGAUUCUCCUCUUCAUGGAAGCAGUUCCUUUCCAUACUUACUUAGCUUGGAUGAGGAGAAGAACAAUGCUACUGAUGCCAAGUUUGCUGUGGUAUUCCCCAGAGUCCACAGCAUGGUUAAGACAAAUAGCUCCUUAGCAAGGUGCUCUGGGAAUGGUUAUUCCCUAGAGAAACUGAGAUCCCUAUUGGACAGAAAAUCUGUGAUGCCUGUGCAACAGGGUUGCAGAUUCAAAUGUGACCUUCCUAGAUCUUUGAUGGAUCAAAGGCCUCAGAAAAACAGUGCACAGGCUUUCCUUCCACAUCAAGAAGAGGAUCCAAUACAUACAUCAGAUUAUUCCAGUGAGGUAGAUGUCAAAGAGGGUUCAGGUGUCCUCCAGACUGCAGGGUCCAUAGUCACACCUGGUGUUCACUGGUCUCAGCAGCAGGCUCAGGGAUGUGAUCCUGAAGCGUGGCUGAACUCUGAAUUGCUACUGCCACGACUAACCAUUGAGAACCUAAGCAAAUGGGCCAUCUACAAGGACCCGCAUCUGGCCAACAGCCACAUGAUGAAGGUCUGCAAGGAUCAGUGGGAGGCAGAAGACAUCACUGACAAUAUGCUAGAGAUGGAAUUCAUGCAGAAACAGGUGUACUUGUGUGAAGACCACUGUGGAGAAGUUGAGGAGAUUGAAGAUCUGACCAGACUGGAGGAAGUCUGUGAGAGCUCAGUUCUGCUGUGUCUGAAGAAGAGGUUCCAUCGCAAUCUUAUUUAUACUUACAUUGGACAAAUUUUGGUUUCUGUGAAUCCUUUCAAAGACCUCAGUAUCUACUCUGAAGAUGUGGCUGCCCAGUACCACCAAGGGACUCUCUCAAAAAAUGCCCCACACAUCUUUGCCAUAGCAGAAAUGGCCUACACACUAUCUCAGUCAUCAGAGCAAGAGCAGUGUGUCAUCAUCAGUGGACACAGUGGAUCAGGUAAAACAGAAGCUGCCAAAGCAAUUGUGCGAUACCUGACCAUGCUGUACCAGGGAUCAGACAGCCACAGGAUCAGACAGCCCUGCAAUGUCCUACCUAUCCUGGAGAGUUUUGGGAAUGCCAGAACCAUCCUCAAUGACAACUCAAGCCGUUUUGGAAAGCUUCUGAAUGUCUACAUGCAACAUGGCAUCGUGGUGGGAACAUCCAUCUCCCAGUACCUGCUGGAGAAGUCUCGUGUGGUAUUUCAGGCCCACGGUGAGAGGAACUACCAUGUGUUUUAUGAGCUACUGGCUGGGCUGCCUGCGGAGCAGAAAGAGGAGUUGUACUUGCAAGAGGCAGAGUCUUACUUUUACCUGAAUCAGGGCAGAGCAUGUGACAUCCUGGGGAAAGAGGACAGUCAGGACUUUCUGGUCUUGGUGCAAGCUCUGGAGGGCAUCAGUCUCUCGGCCGAUCAGCUGACCUCCACCUGGGCUGUCCUGGCUGCCAUUCUGCAACUGGGGAAUAUCUGCUUUAUCUCCUAUGAGAAAGAAUCCUAUGAACAUGCAGCCAUCGCCAGUGACACUGAGAUUCAGAUUGUGGCCAAUUUGUUGCGCAUCUCAGCAGACUACCUGCAGAGUGCUAUCACUCACCGUGUCACUGUGACAUCUUAUGAUCGGAUCUUCACCCCUCUGUCUGUAGAAGGAGCCAUAGAUGCCAGGGACUCCAUUGCCAAGACUCUCUAUUACCUGCUUUUUGAGUGGGUGCUGCUGAGAAUCAAUGAGUGGUUGGCUCCCUGGGAAUCAGACUGUGCCAUGGGCAUUGUGGACAUACAUGGCUUUGAGGAUCUAGGAGUGAACAGCUUAGAGCAGCUCUGCAUCAACUUUGCCAAUGAGCAUCUCCAGUGUUUUUUCAGCCAGACUGUUAUUGCCCAGGAAGAGGAGGAAUAUAGACAAGAGCAGUUAGAUUGGAUUCCUAUUUCCAAGAUGUACAGUGAGUCAUGCCUAGAUUUCAUUGCUGCAAAACCCCAUGGCAUCUUGCGUAUCCUGGAUGACCAGACUUCACUGACUCAGGCCACUGACCACACUUUCCUCCAGAAGUGUCAUUAUCAUCAUGGAGACAGUCCUUGGUAUGUCAAGCCCAAGUUGCCUUUGCCAGUCUUCACUGUGAAGCACUAUGCAGGCCCUGUCACCUAUCAGGUCCACAAGUUCCUUAAUAAAAACCGUGACCAGCUGCGUCCAGAGGUGCUGGAUAUCUUCUCUCAGAGCCACCUCAAGGUGGUGUCUCACAUUUUCCAGAAGGCUAAGGCUGCCUACAGUCAGCAAAGGGAGCUGGGAACCAGAGGCAAAGGGCUCAAGCCUCAGGCCUUCACACUGGUGUCCAGAUUCCAGCAGUCUUUGCAGGACCUCACAGCCAAGCUGAGAAGGAGCCACGCCUUCUUCAUUCGGUGCAUCACCCCUAAUCCCAAAAAGCUGUCAAAUAUUUUUGAUGUGGAGUAUGUCACUUGUCAGCUGCGACAUUCUGGGAUACUGGAGGCAAUCCACAUUAGAAAGGAGGGAUACCCAGUCCGUCUUCCAUUCCGGAACUUCCUGGCCAGGUAUGGCCUCCUGGCUGGGCGAAGGCACAACUGCUUGGAGGAGAGAGAGGGCUGUGUGGCUGUGCUGUCUCGUGUGGUGGGGAACCCCUCAGAUCUCUAUCAGAUUGGAGUAACAAAGGUCUUUUUGAAAGAGAAGGCCAGGCAGCUUCUGGAGAGACGAUGGAGCCAGAGGCAGACUUGGGCUAUUGUUACCCUGCAAAGGAACUUCCGAUGCCGCCUUCGCCGCAGACGCCUCCGUGUCCUCCAUGAGAAAGCCACAAUCAUUCAGGCUUACUUCCGAGGUUACCAGGCAAGGUCAGGAAGUAAUGGCCAGACAAGGAGCAGCUCUUUGUCCUUGCCUAGGACAGCAAGGAAGCGUUACAGGAGGCUGAAGAAGACUUUGGUGCAAUUUAAUACCAUGAUUUUAAUCUCCAGACCUGUGAUUCAAAGGAGAAAGUACUUUCAGAAGGAGUUAGAGGAAAGGAAACAAAGGAGGUCAUUCCUGGCCAGUGGUGACACAGAGAACAGUCCCAACCAAGGAAUGGAUGUGGGACUGCUGGAGAUCCCUGCAGAGCUUGCUGCCCUCCUGCACUUAGCUGAAGGUCAAUACCGAGCACAGACCAACCACAUAACAGAGACAUUGCCUCCAGAAGUCAAGGUCAAAGGUGACCUUUCCCUCCCAUCCACCAUCAAUAGCUAUCCUUUCUCCUCCUUCAUUACAUCACACUUCCAGAAGGCAGAUUUCCCUGCCCCUGGUCAGCUUCUGCAGCACCCCUUAACCCGUCUGGAUGCUAAAUACCAGGAGAGCGCGCUUGAGAUCAACAAACUGAUUUUGCGGUUCAUUGGUGACAAGACUCUCCAUGGCUGGCAGGAGAUACUUCUGGGCAACUACAUUGCUGGGAGAGGUUUGAAUAAUGUGGCUCUGCGCAAUGAAAUCUUCAGUCAGGUGGUUACCCAGGCAUGGAAAAACCCAGACAUGGAGCACAGCCAGCGAGCUUGGGUCCUGAUGGCGACUUUGCUGAGCUGCUUUGCCCCGUCACCAGCACUGGAGAAACCCUUGCUGAAAUUUGUGUCAGAUUAUGGCAUGGAUGGCUACAAUGCUGUUUGCCAGCACAAGAUCUUGACAGCAGCACAGCACACAGAGGGAGACUCUACAUUCUCUCGGGCCUACCCUCCAACUCAGCUGGAGUGGAUUGCGAACCAGAGGAGAGGGAAGAUGGUGCUGGAUGUUCAUACCUUUAAUGAGGAGAAGUUCUCAGCUGAGGUGGAGUCCUGGAUGACUGGGGAGCAGUAUGCAGGCUGGCUGCUGAGUGCAAGGGGCUGUGAUAAGAACUGUCGAGGGUGGUCUGUCUCCAUGUUUACUGGCAACACAUGGCAGGACUUGCUGGGCUGUGACUUUGUGAUGGACCUCAUUGGAGAGAUGGAGGAGCUCAGUAACUUCAGCAGCCCCUCUCAGUCCUCAACUGAGUAUCCUAUCACUCCUGAAAUGGACAGAAGCUCCCAGAUCUCUGACCUGGAUUCGAUUCCUCCUGCUCCAGGCAUCCAGGCCCCUUCCUUCCCACCACCGAGCCUGCCUCCAGAAUUCAACAAUCUCAAUCCAGAUCCAAGAUUCAGAGAUGACCUGAGGCCUGUAGGUCAGGUAGGCUUGGAUCACUAUGUGGAUGAUCUGUUUGACAAUGUGCUACAUCAAGGCUCCGGAGUACCAGAUAUGGAAAACAGGGAGAGUCUGACUGGGCGCAUGAAAGGAGGUGGGAAGAUUGGACCCACACAGAGAGGAAUCUUUCCUUCUACAGGCUUCUCUGGAAUGACUCAAACACCAGUUUACCAGCCCAUGCCUUCCAUGAUGGGGAUGCCAGCAGCCAUGCCUAUGAUGCCAGCGGCUGGUGGGAUUGCACCUAUGCCAGCCAUGGUUAUGCCCCAGCCAGUGGUUCCAGCUGUAGAUCCCAGUCAGUUGGCAGCACAACAGCAAGCCUUUAUCAACCAACAAGCCAUGCUCAUGGCCCAGCAGGUGACCCUUCAAGCCCUGAGUAUUUCCCAACAACAGCAGCAGCAACAGCAGCGGUGGCAACAGCCUCUUGAGAACUCAAGGCCAAGGGUCUCAAGUCCACCACAAGCCCGAGCCCCAGCUCCAGUCCCAGCCCCAAAACCCAAGAAGCUUCCCAGCAACCAGAAUGCUGCACCAUCACCAAGCACUCCAGAAGUGGCUCCAGAGCCACCAGCUAAGGCAGAAGAACCGGUAUGAGAAACAGUGGUUUAUGUCUACACAGAAGACCAGUACUCUGACAGUGAAGAUGAUGACUGUGCUCGGGAAACUUUCCAGCAGAAGAGAGCAUAUUUUCAGAAGAUGGGACAGCAACGCAUUCAAGUGAAGAAAGUCAGGCCUCCAUCCAAAACCUGGACCCCUCCAGCAAAUCCCCAACCACAGCAGGAGGAGGAGAAAGAAGAGGAGAGGGAGGAGAAAGAAGAGGAGAGGGAGAAGAAGGAAGAAGAGAAGCCCAGCCCUAAAACAGAGGCAGCUCCUGCUCCCCCUUUGCCUCCUCCUGAGCCAAAGCCAAAAAAUCAGACACCCAAAGCGAAGAAGGAACCACCCAUAGUGAAGCCUUCGGGCCCUGAGUCACGGCCUGCACCCAGCCGGGAGAUCCGCAACAUCAUCAAAAUGUACCAGAGCAGGCCAGCCCCUGAGCCACAGCCUAUUGAGCCCGUCAGGAGAGUGUCCAGGCCAUUUAUGAAAAAGAACGACCCCAAAAAUGAGGCACUGGCCAAGCUGGGAAUGAUGAACCUCGCAUCUCCCAAAUCACCAAGCGCCCUGCCACAGGAGAAGAAAACACCUCCACCUCCACCUCCAAAGCCCAAGACAGGCCCAGCUUCCAGCUCUAUCCAGGAGAAGCAGUUGCCUCUCCUGUCCGUCUUCAGCCAGGAGAAUACCCCACCGGCUUCCCCAGCCCCUCCUGCUCCCCCUCUUCCCCCACCAUUGCCUUCACCCCUCCUGCCUGAGAGCCCAGGUGGGCAGGAAUCCACAGGGAAGGGUUCUACUGUAACAGUAACAGAAGAUGAUGGUAUCAAGACCCAGCUGUACAAGCUCACUGACAGUGUCAGCUUUUCCUAUGACAACCCUGCCUGGAAAAUCUUUCUGCGCAAAGAGGUGUUCUACCCCAAAGAAAAUUUCAGUAACCCUUAUUGUCUGAACUUGCUGUGUGAGCAGAUCAUGCGUGACACCUUCUCUGAUUCCUGCCUUCGGAUCUCCAGGGAGGAGAAGCGCAAGAUGAAAGACCUGCUGAUGGAGUUCCGGGUUGGCAAUGAUGUCCGGUCCAUUCAGGAGGAUGGGAUAAAGAAGAGGAUUGUACUGGCUGCUCGGGAUAACUGGGCUAACUAUUUCUCCCGCCUUUUCCCAGCUCAAGGUGAAAAUGGAAGUGAUGUUCAGAUCCUGGGUGUUUCUCAUCGGGGCAUGAGGCUGCUGAAGGUGGUAAAAGCAACUGGCUAUAAUCCUGACCACCUGAAGAUUCUUCGCAGCUACAGCUUUGCAGAUGUGAUCUCAGUGGAACUGAAGGGCAGCAAUGUCUUGGAGUUCUCUCUGAAGACAGAGCAGCUCCUCCUGCAGUCUCCAAAGGCUCUGAGCAUCAAGGCCAUGGUGGAACUCUUCAUCCAGGAGCUGAGGCAGGAUACCAACUAUGUCAUUGCUCUGCGCAGCUACAUCGCAGAUGACAAGAGCCUUCUUAGCUUCGAGAAGGGUGACCUCAUCAAGUUAUUGCCCAUGCAAGGCGUGGAGCCAGGCUGGCAGUUUGGCUCCACUGGUGGCCGCUGUGGUAUUUUUCCCACCAGCCUGGUGCAACUUGCUGCAGCCCCUGAUUACCUCAGCACCAGCAUGGACAGACAGGGAGGGCUGUGGAUGAACACGAAAUCUUCUCCAGAUAACAGGAACACCAGCAAGGAGAGUUCUGCUCCCAGCCUGACAUCAGAACCCAGCAACAUCAUGGUAGUCCCUACUGGCGACCAUUAUACCAUGGUGGACUUCGCCACAGCCUACUUCCGAGAGACUCAGUCCAUGCAGGGACUGAAGGGGAUGCCUCCUGAAAAGAAGAGUGCAGCUCACCUGGUCCAGCACACCAAGGUCCCGAUCCAGGAGUCUUUGCUGCGGUUCUCUGAUGGUGAACUGAAUGAACUUGCUACAAAAAACUUCAAGACUCUGAUGCGGUUCAUGGGAGAUCAAUCGAAACUCAAGAACCAGAAUGACAUUGAAUGCCUCUCUGAAAUCCUUCAGCUGUGCAAGGAGAAGGAGAGUUUGCGUGAUGAGAUCUACUGCCAGGUCAUCAAACAGGUCACCCACAACCAUAACCAGGAGGGUGUGAUGCGUGGUUGGUUGCUCCUACACCUGCUAACGGGAUACUUCCUCCCUUCCAAUAUCCUGGUGCCCUACGCCACCAAGUUUCUGCAGCUGGCCAGCAGUGAUCCAUCCAGCACCCACCAUGAUAUAGCCAAGACCUGCCAGAGCAACCUGCGGAAAAACUUCAUGUAUGGGGGCCGCCGCCACCUUCCUUUCCCUAUGGAGUUAGAGGCACUGCUGAACGGGCGUGGUGCCCGCCGGCUUGUGAUACUGAUGCCUGGAGGCAUGGAGUACCUCACCAGAAUUAAGACAUUCACUGUGGCCAAGGAAGUCUUGCAGGAGAUCUGUGAGAAGAUGGGGGCAGGUGACCAGGAAGAGAUGGAGGAAUUUGUUCUUUUUGCCAUCAGGAAUAACAAAAAUGAUCAUGGCAAGUAAAUGAGACCCAUGAAACCGGAGGAUUAUCUUCAUGAUUAUCUGCUGGAGGACAAUUUGGUCACUGUGACUUUACGCAGGCUCAUCUGGACAACACCUCUGCACUUUGAGAACAAAAUUUAUACUGAUUUUCAUUAUGGACAGGUGCUGUGGGAUUACCUGAAUGGGAAGAUACUGUUGGGUCAUAGUGAAGAUACGGAGCGGCAGGUGUGCCUGCUGGCAAUGCUCCAGCACUGUGCCAAAACCGAGCAGCAGAACUCUGUUCCCUCCAGGCAAGACCUGGAGGAGUACACACCAAAGAGUCUGCAGUCCUCCAUCAGUCCCCAGGCUCUGCAGAACCAAGUUGGCAUGCUGCUGAGAACCAGGCAGGCCCUCCAGCCAUUGGAUGCAAAAAUCCAGUUCAUAGAGCACGUGAGGAAAUUGCCAUUCUUUGGCUACAACAUCUUCUUUGUAAAGAAAGUCAGUGAUAGGACAAUUCCCAUGCCCUGUUACUUCGGGGUGAAUAAGGAGGAGCUCAUUGCAGUGGAUGGUGCCACCCAGUCAGUCUCCCGCGUCAUCCCACUGAGCGAGCUGCAGAACAUGCGGACCCUGCGGCCCACCUCUGACGGGGGGCUCCCCGGCAUAGAGCUGAACUACGGCUCCCCUGCCAGCCCCAAGACCAUGUGGCUUGAACUGUCACAGGCUAAAGAAAUGUAUCACACGAUUGUUAUCUUCCUGAAAAAAACGGAGUGACACCACUCGAGCCCAAGAGGAGGAGAAAGACCAAGCGAAACAGAACUAUUUCCCUUUCUUUGAGCCUGUUGAGUGUGCCCUGCCCCGUCUUCUGGAGAGGACUCUUCCAAAAGACACCCAUGACCUCAGACAGCUGCUUUCUGAAACUGCCACCACAGUGUUUGUUGAUGGACUGGACCAUAAUCUCACCCCUCCUGCCAUUCAGUCCCCAAGGACUCCUCCUUGAAGCCCUGCAGCAGUGGCUGAAAAACCCAAAAGACGCUCUUUCCACACCAUUGCUUUUUCAUAGCCUGGUCCAACACGGAGCAGCCCGACAGGCACAAGCAAUUGCCCUCAAGCUAUACAAAGAGCUAUAGAGCCAUUCUUUUCUUUUUGAAUUAAUUAACAUGAGCAAAGACCGAUGCUUCCCAGAGAUGUGUGUAUCCCAGUGCACAGGGAGGCUAUGGAAUGACUGCGCCGCCUGCUGGGGUUUUCCAGCUUUUCCUCUCCAUUGAUCUGCAGGAGGCUCUGUGGCAGGGUUUGUGAAGCAGGAGCUUGUAGAAAGCAUCUUAAUUGCAAAGCAGAUCAGUGUUAAGAUACAAUUAACACAUAUGCUGGGGCACAGAUUGAGCUGCAAUGGUAAAAAAGUUCAUUGUUAAUUAAUUUCUUACUGACAUAAUUAUAUGCAUAUGUUCCCUUCUACUCUAAAGGAGUCAGUCCUGUCCAUCCAGCUGUCAGACACAACUGAUGGUUCCAUGCCCAUGGAGAAAGCAUGUUCAAAUGGAACUUGCAUUACAUUAGAGGGGAGUGGCCUGGGGUGUAUAAAAAUGCUUAAUUUAUUUUUAUUGCUACAGCUGUCCUACUGAACUGAAAAGUAUCUGCACUUUAGGAGAUUCUAAUAAAAU